AUGACACCGAGGCCUUUCCGGGGACAAGACCAUGAGGAUCCUGUCAAACAGCUCCAGCACUGGGAGCAGGCCCUACAGACCCAGGGGAUUCCCCAGGGCGAAUGGAUUGACCAUGUCGGAGGACUACUAAUGGGAGAAGCUAUUGGAUGGUGGAAGAGUCAUGAAGGACUUUACGACACCUGGGAAGAUUUCGCCUCAAGUUUCGCCAACCAGUUCGGCAGCCUGCCACGAAUCGCGGAACUUACUGCCCAGUUGUUCAGCCGCAAGCAGAAGGACAGCGAGGAGAUAGAGAGUUUCCUCGCCCGCAAGAAGAAACUAUAUGAACGCCUCUACCCUGAUAGAAAUGUGAAGGAAUUCCUUCCUACGGCACUGGAAUUGGUCAGACCCAACCUACGGCCAUUCCUCAGACAUCCACCUCCCAAGGAUUGGGCAGAGCUACAUCUCCGAGCAACCGCAGUACAACGGGACUAUCAAGAGAUCCGGAGCACUCCCACGGGAAAAGUGAACACCUUCCCCACUCGGGAAGAGAAACCUGUCAGCCGCCAGGAGGUACCAAAAUGCUGGUACUGCCCUGAGAGGCACUUCAACGCAGAAUGCCCGGUCCGACGCCAACAGCGGGACACCCAGGACAAGAAGCCCUUGCAGGGAAACGCAUAA